AUGCAUUUGUCUUUGCUUACAAGGGUGUCCAAGUAUAAAGGACUCUUCUCAUUCCAGGCAAACUCCAUUGUAGGUGACAAGAAGAGCAAAGAUAAAGAUGAUUCUGCGCCUGCCGAUUCCGCUGCUGAAGAAGAGGAGUUUUCAGUUGAAAAAGUAUUGGAUCGGAGGUUUAGGAAUGGCCGGGUUGAGUAUCUACUUAAAUGGAAAGGAUACUCGGAUGCUGAAAACACAUGGGAACCAGAAGAAAAUUUAGAUUGUCCAGAUUUAAUACAAGCUUAUGAAGACGAAAGGAAAAGGAAGGUGGCUGCUAUCGAACCACUUAAAAAAGAAGAAAGCAAUAAAAAGAGGAAAUCUGUUAGCAAUAUGAAUCCUCCUCCAACCCCCCCAGCUGCUACUGUAGAGAAAAAACAGCCCACAUCUGAAAGGAAAGAAAAAGCUGUUAAACCUGUUAAUAAAACUAAGCAAAUAGAAGAACUAAAACUACGGGGUUUUGAACGAAAUCUUGAGCCUGAAAAAAUUAUCGGAGCUACAGAUGCAAGCGGAGAACUUAUGUUUCUUAUGAAAUGGAAAGGUACAGAAGAGGCUGACCUAGUUCCAGCCAAACAAGCCAACGAGAGGUGUCCCCAAAUAGUUAUACAUUUCUAUGAAGAAAGAUUGACAUGGCAUACUUCAGGUCAUGAUGAUGAUUCUGAAAAAUAGAUUUACUUUAUAAUUUGGAAUUUUUACCUUAUUGGACUCUCAUUUUCCUUUCCAUCUUUUUUUUUUCUUUUUAAUUAAUUUGACGUUGUAAAGUUGCAACUUCACUUUUGAUAUAUGGCUCACAAAAUUAUAUUUAAAAAAAAAUCUGUUAUUUAUGAAAACUAUUUAGUUUUUAAAGAAUGUAAAAUAAAUUUACAAAUACUUUUUAGGUUUGUUAUGAAUAUAUUUUUCCUCUAGAAAAAAAAGAAAAAAAAAAAAGAGUGAAUUAGGUUCCGUCUUAAAAAGAUAUUUUGUGGUUUAAAAAACUGGUAAUAACUUUUCAGUCGUUAAACCAUUGUUACUUUUAAUUUAAAUGUUUUAGGUUUUCCAAAUUGAUUCCUAAUGGAUAACUUUAUCGUUACCUGUAUUUUUGUUUAGUUCAAAUUAAUUGUUCUAUGCUUUCGAUAUUAUUAGGUUAAUCAUUUGGAUUUAUGAAAAUUAAAUUAAAAAAAAAUAAUAGUAUACCCUUCUCAAAGAGACCAUAUCGAGAUAAGCAAUGAAUUUUUUUUGUUUAUUUUUUUUUUUUUCAUUUUGUUUUCACUUAUGUUUAUUCAUAAGAUUCUAGACUAUGGUUUUGUUUGCCAUUCAUUUUCACUUUAGUUUGAUAGUUCUUUAUAUUUUUAUUAGACUUGUAUAUAUAACUUUAAAAAUCAUGCACAUAAUAAUACUUUUAAGAUAAUUAUGUAUAGAAAUGGAGAAUCUCGGGCUAAGUACUCAUUAUAUAUCAUUUUGUAAAUUUUCUGGCAAUUUAUAGUUAUAUAAUAAAUGUUUUUACAGCUUUUGUGUAUUAAUUUAAUUAAAACUCUUUAGUUUUGUUUAUUUGUUAUUUAUUUUCUUCUAUUUCAUCCUCCUUACAAAUUUUUAUGCUUUAUUUAAUUUUAAUUUUGUUUCCAACUGAUCAAAUUGUUUUUAGCCCGUUAUUCUUCAUUAUAGUUAAUAUAUAUAUAUAUAUAAAUUGGACAGUAGAUAGAUUAUUCUCACUAAAGAAAUUUGUUUAUAUGAUAUCUACAUAUAAACAUUUUUAUUAAUUGUAAAAUAUAGUUUUAAAAAGUUUUCCUUUUUUUUUCUUUUCUUUUUAAGAUCUAUAAAUAAUAAUAAUCACUGAAACAAUCUCAUGCAUGAUAUGAUAUAGCUGGCCUACGAUAAUCAUGCCUUUAUAACUUGUUAAUUGAAAGAAUACACAUAUAACAAGAAAUGUGGAAUUAACCAUGCUUUAUUUUUUUGGUGGAUAAUCAGUAAUUUAAAAAAAAAAAGCAGGAAUUGCAAAAAUUGUGUGCAAUUCUACAAGAAAAAUAUUUGGAUUGUUGAAAUUAAGCUACUGAUGGUACUAAUUCUGAAGUGCUGCUCCAAGAUGGUGGCAGGGUCCGAGAUUACUGUGUAUGUUGUGUAUAAAUUCUGAAAGGUGUAAACAACCGAUUCCCAAAUCUUGUUAGUAAAUUUUCUGCCAUGUUAGUGGAAAUUCAUCCUUGCUUAAAACAGAACAUUUUGUUGAAUGAGAUCAAUUCUAGUCCACCAUCACUUGUUUUGUAUAUAUAACAAAGUGAACUAACUUGUUUCCUAUCUUCAGUAAUACAAUUCUCCUGUACUAUUCCGGGUUAUUAGGCACAGUAAUUAUGAAUUGCAAUGCUAUGAAUUAAAUUAUAAUUAAUUUUAGUGCUUUAAGUUAAGACACUGCUGCAAUCAUAGGUUUUCCUCAGUAAAUCAUUUAAUAUACAUUUUGUACAAAAAAAAAAUAUAUCUUUACCAAAUCUAAAGAGCCUUAAAUUUUCAAUAUAUUUGUUAUUGUAUGUAUGUAGUAAAAUUUGGAACUGCUACUGAGAUACAGUAUCUUGAAAAUCAGAUACAAAUUCUACAUAAAGUUCGAUACAUCUGCAGAUAGAUAGUAUCUGGUUUUGCUGAAAUUACUGUUUCAUAUUAUCAAGAACACCUGUUAUUGUAUAUUAUACGUGAUUAUGAUUGUAAAUUCUGGCCGAGUUUCAUCAUUCUUCGGGAACUACCAGCAAUGUGACGAUUUGAUAUGAAUCCAGCUACCACCUUGAAGUUGCGCUUCGGAACUAAUAUUUUAAUAAUAAUUCUUAUUGUUUCAUGAUUGUGAUGAAUUUAAUAAUUCAACAAUCAUUACCAGUGAUCAAAAUGUGGCUCUCAUUAUUUGAAUUAAUGAAAUUAUCUAUUUUUUUUUCCGUUAUAUUUUGAAUUUAAUGUUAUAGAUAUGCUCUGAUGACUAGUGAAAUAAUUCAGGGAAUAUUCAUUACUGGCUAGCUUGUACUGAUUAGGAAGUAUAUACCCCUUAGCUUAGUAGCUGGCUGUAAGACAAUUUGAAUUUGAAAACAAUAGUCAAUUUAGAAUAAAUUACGAAGAAAUAUUUAUUAAUGGGUUGUCAAGGAUCACGAUAAAAGUUUAAAAUUCAUUAUUCUUCCAUUUAAAUUUGAAUUGUAGUGUAAAUGGCUGGUUAUUAAGAUGUUAAUCAUAAUUCAUCAUAAAAAUGAUUAAUUUAGACAAAAAAUUAUUUAUUUGCAAAUUAAGUCUCAUUUGAAUCAUUAAUUUAGGGGUUUGACUGUAUUGGCAAGUAAAUGAUUUAUAAAUAUAUUUAUUAGGUUGUUCAUUGUAUAAGAAAGUUAAAAAUAUAUAAAUAUAUAUUGUUAGGUUUUGUUUUUCAACAUUAGUAUUUGUGAAUGGUUUAACUGAAGAAAAAGUCUUAUUUUCUAAGAUGUUAUAAUCAGUUUAUUUUCUAUAGAUGUAACUGACUUUGAGUCCAAAGGAAAAAAUAAUAGAAGGAAAAUCCAGGUGGAAUGAAGAGGGAUUGUUUAAUUAGGAAAGAGAAACAAAAGCCAUAAAAGAAGAAGUAAUUACUUUUCGACGAACAAUAAAAAUGCUUCUCUUUCUUCACGUGUUCUUAUCGAUGAUACUUGUUGAGAUGUAUAUUAAAUUUUAUUAUUUAUUUUUCUUGUUUUUUGGAGCAUAUUUUUUUUUUAUACAAGUUUUUUAUGUGCUUAUGAAAUUCUGUUAAAGAUUAAAAUAAAUUUUAUAAAAACUGAAAUUUAAUAGCAGUUUGCUCACUAUUUCUAUAUUUUGAAGACUCGUAAAUCCUGCCAUCUAUGUUUUUAUUGGAUGUCAUGUAUUGUUAAAAAUUAUAGAUUAACUUUAUAUUAAUUUAGUAUCUCAUGUUUUUUAAGAGAUAUUCAUUGCUAAGACUUGAUGGAAUAUUUUAUUGAGUUGUGUUCAGCAUUCUGUAGCUAUCCAAUGAACUAAUAUAACUUCUAUUAAUCCUGGAAAAAAUUGAUGUUUUCCGCUUUAGGAGUGUUAUUGGUUGUUAAAUAGUGUAAAUACUAAGUAAAAUAAAUAGUCAGUGUUUCAAUUGACUAAUAGUUCAAGAAUUAAUUUGUGACUUAAAAAUUAUGUUAAUACAUGAAUCUGGUUGUGUAAAAUUGAAAAGCCUUUAUUAAAUGAUAUAUUUUUUAAUGGAAAGUUCAAUAUGUUAAUUUAAAAAUCCUGAUUCAAAAUCGGAUAUCAAAAAUAAUUUUUAUCGAUUUAUGUAUUAUAGAUUUUUAAUCUACUUUUAAUAGUGUCACUCCUUAGAAGGGGCAAGAUAAUCGAAGAACUCUAGAAUUAUGUUUUUUAACAUUUGAAAUUAACAAAGUUUUUCAGAAAAUUAACUGCAAAUGUAAAGAAAGAAAACCAUUUUUUCGACACCUUCGAAUCGGAGGAAAUUAAAUUCAAUCUAAAUUCCAGUAAAAAAGGAAAAAAGAAAUGUGUUAAUCAAAUAGCUUUAAAGAGAUACAGAAUAUGUCUCAAAAAUAACAUUAGUUUAUAAAACUCAAGUUGUAUCUUGGAUGCGUUGGGGUUAAUAUGAAGGAAUACAGUAAUAAUAAUGUACGAAUAAAAGACAAAUUAAACGCAGAUUAAGGAGGAAUGAGAUUUUGAGUAAAUAAAUCAAUAAGCGAUAUAAUGUAUUAAACAUUCCUUUAAAAAAAAAGUAUAAAGGAAUGAAAAUAGUUAAAUACUUAUGACAAAUGAUUACUAACCCAAAACAUUAAGCCAAUAAAAAGUUUUGAAGUGGUACGAAGGUAUACACUCUGUCAUUCUUGCCCUACUGUUUUACAUUAAUUUCGUACACAUUUGCUAGAUUUUAAAGGAAUAAAAAUAUUUAAACAAUUUUAUACAUAUCGUCUUAAAUUUCAAAUUGAUGUUGACCUAGUAGAG